AUGGAUGCCCCUGACCUGGCUGUUGGUUUUGUGCUGAUCUUACAGAUGGGUGUUGGGGUCUCAGGAAAUAUUUUCCUCCUCCUGUUCUAUACCCACAGGGUCUCUGCCAUCCUGAAGCUCGGCUCCUCCGACUUGAUCCUCUUCCACUUGGCCCUGUCCAAUGCCAUAGUACUUCUUACCAGGGGAUUGCCCGAGAUAUUGUCAGCUUGGGGACUGAGGAAUUUCCUGAGCAAUGCUGGCUGUAAAAUCCUCAUGUAUCCUUACCGAGUGGGCCGGGGUCUGGCUAUCUGCAGCACCUGCCUCUUGAGCGUGGUCCAGGCCAUUACCAUCAGUCCCGGUACUCCCUGGUGGGCCACGCUUAAAGCCAGGUUGCCCCAGUGCAUCAUCCCUUCCUGCCUCCUGUCCUGGGGCCUCAGCCUGCUCAUUGAUUUCGAUGCGAUCAUGAAUGUUACAGGGCCCCGGAACAGCAGCAAUGUUCAACUCAUGCUGGACCACAAAUUUUGCUCCAAAGUCAGCAUCAGUGCAGAAACCACCCUGCUCAUAGCCAUCGUGCUCUUCCUCCGUGACGGGUUCUUCGUGGGGCUCAUGAGUGUGGCCAGCAGCUACAUGGUGUUUAUCCUGCACAGGCACCACCGGCAGGUCCGACAUCUCCAUGCGCCCGGACGGUCCCCUGGGGCUAUGCCCGAGGUCAGGGCGGCCAAGAGGGUCGUAGCCCUGGUCACCCUAUAUGUCCUCCUCUAUGGGAGGCAGACCAUCAUGCUCAGCAUCUUACUAAACAUGAAAGAGAAGUCCUCUCUGCUGAUGAACAGCCACAUGGUGUUGGGUUUCACUUUCUCAGCCGUGAGUCCGUUCCUGAUCAUUCAGGGUGACAGAAGAAUGAGGACAUUUUGGAAACGGGACUCUCCUGUUUCCAACCGGAAUCCCUCUUAG